AAGUCACGACACCUGUAUUUUUUUUUUGUGUGUGUAUAUAAUAGUCUUGUGAGGGUGAAUACCCCUUCUCUCUCUCUCUCUAUUUUUUUUUUUUUUUUGUUGUUGUUGAAAAUGAGUCAUUUCCAUGAUGGCAAAGGAUUGCCAGAACCCAUCAUUACCACGAGUUUAUCCAAAAGCUCUUUAUCGUCCACGACAAGCUCACUUUCACCUUCCGCCUCCGUCUUGUAUAGUCGUCCUUCUCGAACAAACAGUUAUCGUGGAAGUAUGCCACAGGCACCACUUUCUUCUUCCAGCUCCAAAAACUCUAAACUAGAGCAAAUUAUUCAUAACUUUUUCACAAAGACUGUACAAAUCAUUCUCCAAUCUAGGAUAUCUGACGAUCAUCUCAAAGGUCAUCCUCAUACGAACACAAGACGCAAAGUCAAUAAAUGGGUAAAAAAAAAAAAAAAUAUACAUGGAUAUUAUUUUUUUUUAACACGCACAAAAAAGUUCAAUAUUGCAACUAGUGAGGAUGAUCAGCUUAAGGAUGAAUUAAAGUUUUGGAAAUUGUUCAUCAAGACGCAUCAAGACGAGGAACCUCCUCCACUAGUGAUUGAUAUUUAUAUCGAGACGUCGGAACCCGAAUUAUUGCAGGAAGGUGAAGAUGGACGUGGAUGGCAUAAAUUGAAUUUGGGUGUCCAAUGUAUCCUGAUUGAAUCCUGGACACUUAAGCUAACACAUCCAUUGCCUGAAGUCGCUGUGGAUUUACCCAAUUUGUACAAGAAAUCUAUCGUCUUCUUUCGGUCUUUGCAUUCAUUGGUGAGAUUAUUGCCUGGUCAUAAGUUGUAUCAACGAUUAAAUGGUCAGCAUGGCGAGAUUGAUUUACGUUAUAGGUUAUCUACACACGCGAUAAAUCGACCGGAUGAAAUACCACUUGACAGAAAACUCACAAGUAUGGAUACUGUGCAGUCCUAUGAAUUUAAGCAUGUCGUGACACCGUUGGGUACCUUAAAACUCUCUUUGAAUUAUCGAAAUCAUUGUCAAUUUGAUAUCAGAGAAAUUGAGCCUGAUAAAUCCAUGAUGGAAGUCGAAGAGAAUUUCUUUACACCUACCAUGACAAAAUAUCGACAAGAAAGAGAGUCUACAGUCAAGGCGCCUACUACACUCUAUCCAUCCGUGUCUUCUUCUUCUUCACGACGUACGAUGCAACCUUCUUUUCGACCCAGCCGCAGUUAUUACCCUACCAGCUCUACAUCCACUGUGAUCACCUCAUUAGAACGACGGAUUUCUGCUCCCAUUGUACAACCGUUUAAAUCACCUUCCUUAUCAUCUUCACCCCAAAAAGAGCUCAUGUAUCCUUCCCGUUCACAGACGACCACAAGACCGACAGCAACGACAACGACGGUAGGGAUGGCAACGGCGGAAAGUGGAUCAUUUGGACGCAAAGUGGAAUUUUCUUCUAGUUUUGAGAAAUUUAAAAGUGUAAGCAGUAGUAACAGUAGCAGUCAUCCUCGACCCGCAUCAUUUUUAGCUGCAGCUGAUAUGGUAAGAAGAGGAUCACGCACCAGUGAUCAAAGCUCAAUUAACCUGGAGUCGGAGGAGGAGGAAGAUUUGGAGGAUUUUAUGAAGUUUAUUGGGGAUCCACAAGAAUUAAAGUUAUUUCAACACCAUUCUGUCUAUUCCGAAGUGGCACCGCAGCAACAAGAGCAAUCAAGAUUAUCCCAUUUUAGGAAUAUGCAAGAAACUCACACCAUUUUAUCGGAUUCGAUGUCAUUUAGUAUGCAGGCAAAGGAUAAUCAAAGUAGUAUGGAAUCCUCUUCUUAUAACAAGGGAUUAAAUCUACCUGUUCGACCUUCACCUCUGCAUAACACUGAAUUGAUCUCACCUCCUGCCACCAGCAGUAAUGUCAAGGAAGUCUUAUCGGCGGAUGAGAUUGUUUCGCAAUCGCCCUUAAAGAAUCGACAGGCCCCACCUCCGCCUCCGCCACCGACUGCGCCCGUACGACGUAUCAGUACGAGUCAUGAGGACGAUGAUUCGUUGGUCUUUAAGAUGAGUGAGUUAAGUGGAGCUUAUGAAGAUGAAACUGAACAUCGAUCCAGUAUGCGAAGGAUCCAUAGUAGUGGGAAUAUACCCAGUACUACUAAAAUGAUGCAAGUUCAAACUACAGGUCACACCAGUGAUGAUGGUACACAUCAUCGACAUCAACUUACUAACAGACUGUUCUACAAUGACCUUUGAAUUCUCUCUCUCUUAUUUUUUCCACUUAAAAUAAAAAAAAAAAUUCUUUAAAAA